AUGGCUGAUCUCGAUCAACUUAUUUUAAAACUCUUUGAUAUUGAAGCAUUCAAAUUUGGUGCAUUUAAACUUAAAAGUGGUCUUCAAUCACCCAUCUAUAUUGAUUUACGUGUAAUCAUCAGCUAUCCCGAUGUUCUUCGAUCAGUAGCUGUUCAUAUGAAUGGAAUACUUCAAAAUUCAAAUGUUAGGGUUAAUGAAAUUUGUGGUGUUCCAUAUACAGCUCUACCAAUUGCUUCAAUUAUCUGUGCUGAUUAUAAUAGACCAAUGUUAAUUCGAAGAAGAGAAGCAAAAGAUUAUGGAACAAAAAAAAUAAUUGAAGGAAAAUUUCAUUCGAAUGAUCGAUGUAUUAUUAUUGAAGAUAUCGUUACUACUGGAUCAAGUGUUAUUGAAACAGCAGAUGAUCUUCGUACGGAAGGAUUACAAGUAACUGAUGCUAUUGUAUUUGUUGAUCGAGAACAAAAUGGUGAAAAAAAUUUACAAGAAAAAAAUAUUCGAUUACAUCGAGUUUUGAAGAUAUCAGAAGUUUUAGACUGUCUUGUUCGACAUGGAAAAAUAACUGAGGAAGUUUCGAAAGAUGUUCGAGAAUUUAUACAUGGAAAUCAAACGCAAUUACCAACGUUAAAGAUUGAAAUUGAAGACAAAAAUAUUACUAUGCCAAUCCGUCAACGAUUUCAAACAAUUAUGAAAGAAAAAAAAAGUAAUCUUUGUUUAUCAGCAGAUUUAACAAGUCUUGAUGGAAUUAUUGAAUUAUCAAAACAAAUUGGAUCAAAGAUUUGUAUGUUAAAAAUUCAUUGUGAUAUUUUAACAGACUUUUCUAUGGAUAAAAUUCAACAAUUAAAAGAUAUUUCAAGAGAAUUAAAUUUUCUUUUACUUGAAGAUCGGAAAUUUGCUGAUAUUGGUAAUACUGUAGCAAUACAAUAUACUAAAGGUGUUUUUCGUAUUGUUGAAUGGGCAGAUCUUGUUACUGUUCAUGUUUUACCAGGUGAAGGUAUUAUACAAGCAUUAGAACAAGCAGCAAAAACAGUGAAUGAACCACGUGGAUGUUUAUUAAUAGCACAAAUGUCAUCGAAAGGAGCUUUGACGAAUAAUGAAGACUAUGUUAAAGGUGUAGUAACAUGUGCUGAGAAAUAUUCUGAUUUUGUUAUUGGAUUUAUUUCACAAUCACGUCUUACAACUAAUGAUAAAUAUCUUCAUUGUACUCCAGGUGUUCAUCUGAAUAAUACUGGUGAUCAACUUGGUCAACAAUAUGUAACACCACGUCAAGCUAUUGAUGGACGUGGUGCUGAUAUACUUAUUGUUGGUCGUGCUAUACUUGAUUCAAUUAAUCGUGUUAAAACUGCUGAAGAAUAUCAACAAGAAGGUUAUCGAGUAUAUGAAGAAUUACAUAAAAUCUAG